AUGAGCGUAGCACACCCAGCGCGAUGCCUGCUCUCGCGGGGGCUCGCUGCAACGGGGUCCAAGGCACGAAUAGCAGCGCCAACCUCAGCACCACGAUGUCACGCCCCGUUCCACAGUUCAGCGCAGCUGGCAAAGCGGAAACCGCGCUUCAAGAGCGUUCGGGCUGAGGAGAUGGGUCUGGUGACACCCGAGAAAAUCGAACAGUUUACCAAGGACACCUUCCCGCAGUACACACCAGAGGAGUUGGAGGUCUUACGAAAACGGUACACGCCGGAGCAGAUGGCAGCCCUGGAGGCUGGUGAGGCCGCUAUCAAUCCAAAGGACUUGACGAUACAGGGGAGAAUACGCAGAGACCCCUACCGACCAGUCUACCUCGACGACUUCAGCAAAGUCCUGCCCAUCGUCGAUAAACGACCCAAGCCCCACGCACCACCACCGGAGAAAAUAAGAUUCAUGUCAGAGGAAGAGCACGCGGACGAUCUAGAGAAGGUUAUCGAAGACUUAAUACCCAAGGACGUCAACUUUGAAGGCAUGAAAGAGGAGGACAUCGAGAACGUGCUGGAUGAGAAGGUCAACUUUGACCUUGCAGCUGCCAAGUAUUUCGAGGAGCACUCGACACUCGUAAACCACGACAAGCCUUCGAACACUGCACUAGCUCCGGGCCUAGGCAAGGACCUCCGCGGUGUCUCGGGCAUGUACAAGGCCUCCAUCGACCCCGAGGAUCAGGGCUUGGAUAACGAGGGCGAGUUCCAGGAUUUGAAGAAGAAGACGGGUCUUACCAUAUCGCAUAUCAAGAAGCUGCACUUUGCUUCCAAGAUUUUGGUCUCGCGUUUUGUCACCAAUCAAACCCGUCUCGGCAAAGUCCAGAGCCAUUGGGUCCUCGCUAUCGCUGGAAAUGGCAAUGGUCGUUUUGGUAUUGGCGAGGCCAAGUCAGUCGAGUCACCUGUCGCAAUGGCUAAGGCCAAGCAACUCGCUAUCUUAAACAUGAAGCCGAUUCCUCGAUACGAGGAUCGAACUAUCUUUGGGUCCGUAGAGGCCAAAGUCGGCGCAACGAUAGUGAAGCUCGAGGCGCGGCCACCUGGCUUCGGUCUCCGUGCUUCACACCGUCUCUUCGAGAUGUUCCGCAUCGCCGGAAUCCGCGAUAUUGCGGCCAAGAUGCCCCGCGGCCGCAACCCCAUGAACUCAGUUAAAGCAUGCGUGAAGGCCCUGAUGAGCCAGAAAGACCCUAGCGAGAUUGCCAUUGGUCGUGGCAAGAAGCUGGUCGAUGUACGAAAAGUGUACUAUGGCGGUGAUGUCUUAUAG